UUGACCUCCCUCUCACCGCUUACUUUACCCUGCUCAGGAAUUCUCUCCCGGGUUCGCGCCGAGCACGCUCCUACAGCCCCCAAAGGUUUCCCGCUUAGGGCGGCUUCUGCCUGGCUCCAGCUCCGCACUGGCAGCGAGCGGUGGUGGAGAGAAUGCCGCCCCGGGCAUCGGGCAUCGGGCAUCGGGCGUCAGGGCACUGGGACCAAGGUGGGUGCUGCCGCUCAAGGGCUGACUGCCUGGGCAGGGCACCUCGCCCGUCCCGGUCCCAGCCUUCUCGUGUAUUAACCGGGGCGCGGCACGCUUCCCUCCGAGUUUCCCUCCCGGGGCUCUCCUCUCCCGAUGUCUGGGUUCGUGCCCAGCGCCCCGCGCCCGGGCGGCUCCUCGUCUCCUCCCUCUGUCCUCCCCUCCUGCAGCCCGACGCCUCAGGGCACAGUCCAGAUUCAGCUCUGGCUCGUGCCCCCGAUUUAGGAAAAGGCCAGGGGGGCUGGAGGGCGCGGGUUGGCAGAGGGGAGGCAGAGGGGGGCGGAGGGAGGUGGCCUCUGAUUGGUCGGGGAGGGGGAGUGGAGGCACGGAGUUUCCCACAAUGCCCCGGUGCGGUGCAGCCGCGGAUGGAUGCUGCGGGAAGGGGCUGCCAUUUGCUGCCCCUGCCAGCGGCGCGCGGACCUGCUCGCUCUCCCGCAGCGGCGGCCGCCGCCCGCGCCGUCAGCCGGCCCGGCCUCUGCAGCGCCGCCGCCUCGGCUCCGUCCGCGGCCGCCGGAGCGGUCGCCAUGAACCCCAGCUCCUCGGCGGGAGAGGAGAAGGGGGCGACGGGCGGCAGCAGCGGCGGCGGAAGCGGCGCCGGGAGCUGCUGCCUGGGCGCCGAGGGCGGCGCGGAGCCGCGGGGCGCGGGGGCAGCGGCGGCGGUGGGGGCCGCUGCCCUGGAAGAGCCCGCGGCCGCCGGCCCGAAGGAGAAGGACGAGGCGCUGGAGGAGAAGCUGAGGAACUUAACUUUCCGGAAGCAGGUCUCUUACAGAAGCUGCAGGAACCAAGACAGGUGCCCAGCACCAGUGUCAGAGGCCUCAGGGGGCUGGUGCCAAACCGAAUCGAAGCCCCACGUUCUGGUUCUCUCUUUCUGUGGGCCUUGGAAAGCCAUCUCCCGGGCAGGCCUACAGCACCUGGUUCCCGCACAUGCCCUCAGCCUCCCCGUGGCAAACGGCCCGGCGAAGGAGCCCAGAGCGACUCUGGACUGGAGCGAGAAUGCCGUGAACGGAGAGCACCUGUGGCUGGAGACCAACGUCUCAGGAGACCUGUGUUACCUGGGAGAGGAGAACUGCCAAGUCAGAUUUGCAAAAUCGGCCCUGAGGAGGAAGUGUGCGGUCUGUAAGAUCGUCGUCCACACCGCCUGCAUUGAACAGCUAGAAAAGAUUAAUUUCAGAUGUAAACCAACAUUUCGAGAAGGGGGCUCAAGAUCACCGAGAGAAAACUUUGUGCGUCAUCACUGGGUACACCGGCGUCGGCAGGAGGGAAAAUGUAAGCAGUGUGGUAAGGGCUUCCAGCAAAAAUUCUCCUUCCACAGUAAAGAGAUUGUGGCCAUCAGCUGUUCCUGGUGCAAGCAGGCGUUUCACAAUAAGGUGACCUGCUUCAUGCUGCAUCACAUUGAGGAACCCUGCUCCCUGGGGGCUCAUGCUGCUGUCAUUGUCCCGCCCACCUGGAUCAUUAAGGUGAAGAAACCUCAGGUGAUCUCCAUUGCAGGAGAUGAACUUGAACUUGGUUGGGCGGGAGACGGACCUGGUUGGGCGGGAGACUGGAGCCCCUCAGAGAAUUUGGGAUUCUUCCAUUUUUACUGGGAGGGUUGGCAGAACUCGCUAAAGGCUUCGAAUCGGAAGAAGAAGAGGACCAGCUUUAAAAGGAAAGCCAGUAAAAGAGGGACAGAACAGGAAAACAAAGGUCGUCCUUUUGUGAUAAAACCUAUCUCUUCUCCUCUCAUGAAACCAUUGCUUGUGUUUGUGAACCCCAAGAGCGGAGGCAAUCAGGGAACCAAAGUCCUGCAGAUGUUCAUGUGGUACCUGAAUCCACGGCAGGUGUUCGAUCUUUCUCAGGAGGGGCCCAAAGAUGCGCUUGAGUUGUAUAGGAAAGUACCAAAUCUGCGAAUUCUGGCCUGUGGUGGGGAUGGAACGGUGGGCUGGAUCCUUUCUAUUCUGGAUGAACUACAGCUGAGCCCUCAGCCUCCCGUCGGGGUCCUUCCUCUGGGGACUGGGAACGACCUGGCCCGAACUCUCAACUGGGGAGGGGGCUACACUGAUGAACCUGUCUCUAAGAUCCUUUGCCAAGUAGAAGAUGGGACAAUAGUACAGCUAGAUCGUUGGAACCUCCAUGUGGAAAGAAACCCAGACUUGCCUCCAGAAGAACUUGAAGAUGGCGUCUGUAAGCUUCCUCUGAAUGUUUUCAAUAAUUACUUCAGCCUCGGAUUCGAUGCCCACGUCACACUGGAGUUCCAUGAAUCCAGAGAAGCAAAUCCGGAGAAAUUUAAUAGUCGUUUUCGAAAUAAAAUGUUCUAUGCAGGGGCUGCUUUUUCUGAUUUCCUACAAAGAAGUUCUAGAGAUCUAUCCAAACAUGUUAAAGUUGUUUGUGAUGGAACAGAUCUCACUCCAAAGAUUCAGGAACUGAAGUUCCAGUGUAUAGUAUUUUUAAAUAUACCCAGAUACUGUGCCGGCACAAUGCCCUGGGGGAACCCAGGAGAUCACCAUGACUUUGAACCUCAGCGUCAUGACGAUGGUUAUAUUGAAGUCAUUGGAUUCACUAUGGCCUCUUUGGCUGCCCUGCAAGUUGGGGGCCAUGGGGAAAGGCUACACCAGUGUCGGGAGGUCAUGCUGCUCACUUACAAGUCCAUCCCCAUGCAAGUGGACGGGGAGCCCUGUAGGUUGGCCCCAGCUAUGAUUCGGAUCUCCUUGAGGAAUCAAGCCAACAUGGUACAGAAGAGCAAGAGGAGAACAUCCAUGCCUUUACUCAAUGAUAUCCAUCAGGUGCCAGCUGCUGACCUGCGGAGAGUGUCUGCCCCCCCUGGCUCCUUCACCACUCCCCAGUCUGUCCCAGACCGCCUGAGGAUCCGGGUGAACAAAAUCAGUUUACAAGACUAUGAAGGAUUCCACUAUGACAAAGAGAAACUUCGGGAAGCUUCUAUCCCUCUGGGUAUUCUAGUUGUGCGUGGAGACUGUGAUUUGGAGACUUGCCGUAUGUACAUAGACCGCCUACAGGAGGACCUGCAGUCAGUUUCUUCUGGCUCCCAGAGAGUUCAUUACCAGGACCACGAGACCUCCUUCCCCAGGGCACUCUCAGCUCAGAGACUCUCACCACGGUGGUGCUUUCUAGACGCAACUUCUGCUGAUCGCUUUUACCGAAUAGACAGAUCUCAGGAACAUUUGCACUUUGUGAUGGAGAUUUCCCAAGACGAGAUUUUUAUUCUGGACCCAGAUAUGGUGUUGUCACAGCAGGCGGGGACACCUCCAGGAAUGCCCGACUUGGUCGUGGAGCAGGCCUCGGGAAUGUCCGACUGGUGGAACCCCGCACUACGGAAGCGCAUGCUGAGUGACAGCGGGCUGGGAACCGGAACUCCGGAGUAUGACGACUCAGAUUUGAGAGAUUUCAGCCACUCCCGCGUGCUACAGUCACCAGUCUCUUCAGAAGAUCACGCAAUUUUGCAGGCAGUAAUAGCUGGUGAUCUUAUGAAGCUAAUGGAAAGCUAUAAAAAUGGAGGCAGUCUGCUAAUUCAGGGCCCGGACCACUGCUCCCUCCUUCACCACGCAGCCAAAACCGGCCACGGGGAGAUCGUGAAAUAUAUCCUGGACCACGGACCUUCUGAGUUAUUGGAUAUGGCAGACAGCGAAACGGGUGAGACCGCACUGCACAAGGCUGCCUGCCAGCGGAACCGGGCUGUGUGCCAGCUUCUGGUGGACGCGGGAGCAUCUCUGAGAAAGACGGACUCCAAGGGUAAGACACCUCAAGACAGAGCUCAGCAAGCUGGAGACCCAGAUUUGGCUGCUUACCUAGAAAGCCGCCAGAACUAUAAGAUCAUUGGCCAUGAGGACCUGGAAACUGCUGUUUGACCCUGGUAGAUCGCAAAGAGAACCUGAGCAAGUGUAUCACCUGUGCCCUCCCGGCAAUUGGGCAGCUCCCCUGGAAGAAGCUGUUGGAAUCCACAAAUAUGUCUUUCUCUGCAAGAAUCUAGCUGAGACCAUGCCACCAGUUGUUAAGGGCUACCAGACAUGCAACAGAACAUGAUAGCCCACUGAGGAAGAGGCAGGAUACCUGGAGAUUUGUGGAAUACACAUUCCACAAAAUUUGAUCCUUAUUGCUUCCAGCAAGUAGCAUGAACUGCUGUGUUCACCUGUAUAAUUUAUUUUCGAGAUUCACAGGAUGUUCAUACAAAUGGCACUGCUCCCUCCUCCCCUAUGCAUUCACGAUUCCUCCGUACCACACAAUUCUACUGCAACUACCCACCAUUCCAAAAAAAAAAAAAAAAAAAAAAAAUACGAUCUGCUGUCUUUACACUCAGUCUCUGAAGACCACAAGACACUCUGGAGGUCUCUGAAAGCCCUCUGGAUGUCCUGCAAAAAUGCAACUGUAAAGCUGCUCCCAUUUCCAAGACGAAAUAUACCAAGACUAUUAGUGAUUCUUUGCAUGUCUCCCCUCCCUCCCUCGUCCCUUGUCAUUCUGUAGGAGCUGGGAGGUGCCACAUGGAUAAUGUCUACGUGUGUGCUGUAUCUCUAAGGUAUGGCGAGGUGGCAUGGGAGGGAACCCGGGGGCCGGCCCUGGCUGCAGGGAUGUUGCUGAUUGCCACGAAGGACUGGUUCAGCUUGGGCUGUUUGCACAACCCCAUACUGCCUACGUGUAGCCAUCUUUGCCUUUUGCUGUGAUAGAGACAAGCAAAGGAUUAAAUGAAGGCCCACGGCUGGUUUGGCAGAAUCACUGGAUUUUAAGUGCUGUUGAAGUUGCUGAGCAGAAAACCAUGUGUGGGGACUGUGGUUACAGGAAAUGGAGCACUGUGACAGCAUUUGCUUCUAGACUUUCUCGAGUGAUGAUAGAAAGCAGGCUAAUUGACUUGAAAUAAAACAGCCAAUGCAAAAGUAGCAACAUAUGUCAAAAUAACUCACUUAAGCGAGAACACAGUCACUGGCGUGUUGCACGGAGGCAAAUAAGUAGAGACUCUUGGGUGUAGUAGUGAGAGGGGUCCCGUUUUAGGUUUUCCUUCUAAGUGUUUGGUUUUCAUUACCCCGAGUAAGCCUUAUCCCAAGGACAAAGCCUUGUUUUAUGAGUUCCAUUGCCGGAUUUCCAGGAUGGCUGGGUCUUACCGAUGGACGCUUCACCUUUUACUUGUCAGGUCCCAAAGGUCAUGCCUGAUGGCGCUGCAACCCCAUUUCUUACAUAUGGGGUAGUCGAAUUUAUUCUUUUCUCUGUUUCCCCCUACCAGGAAAUUCUUAGUAGAAACCCACUGUGGGAACCCUAACCAGAAAUGUGUCUUCUGGCAUUGGAAUUACAACUUUGAAUCCCACCGUAGAUCACUUUGUACUUACCGGUCCCUCUAGUAGAGACUCUGUGAUAACUACUAGAGCAGGAGGAAAGGGCUCCUAACUUUCAGUGAAGAUGUCUACUUGACUUGGGCAGAAGUCAGAAAUGAAAGUGGGUGAUCCAGGGUUGUUUCAGACUAAAGCUGAUGUCUUCUGAGCUUUCUUCCAUUUCGUUCUUAGACAUAAGCAAAGUGCUUUCCUAGCGUCUCUGCAUGUGAACAUAUAAAUGAUUGUAUUUCCACAUUCACUUUAAAGGUCCAGAGGUGACGCAUUGCUUACCUGAAUCGCAUUUUGGUCACAUAUCAUUUUGAGAGGACACAUAGGAAAACUGUAUUAAGGAGAAAUAGCUUCUCUGGGGAUGGGGGUAAAGGAUCUCUUUAGCUGUUUCAAAAUCAAAUUAUUGGUGUCAUUUCUAGCUGUGAAAGCAUAGGUUGGUUAUGAGUCAUCUAUUUCCAUCUAUCAGUGUUUGCGAUGGAAUUAUCUGUUGGGUUUUAUGCUGAGGUGAGGAGGAUGGCAGUAGAUUGUCUCCAGAAACUGGAAAAAAAUAGGCUCCAGGAGAAUUUAAUCCCUGGGCUUCAUCUGGGAGUUUUUCAGUUGGUAGGAAUGUCAAAGAGAGGUGGUGAUGACAGAAAUAUAGUCCUUGAAACAGACCGGAAUCUGGCUUUGAAUGGUGCCUUCCCUUCCCUAGAUUGAGCCAAAUAGUUGGCCACACAGUUGCUUACCCAGAUCCCAUCUCUGGGAUGAAGGACUGUUUUCACCAACUACCAUCUCCUAUUUCUUUGUGAUGUUUCAAAGCAGCCCAGAGAGAAUUUAUGGUAUAGAUGGCUACAGGCCAGUUUAAAUAGGUCCAACUGAAGUCACAGUAAAUUCCUGGUAUGAAAUAGAUAAAGUAAUGACUACUGUAGGGGUUCUGAUACAUUUGGAAAUCACUCCAAGCUCCCCCCCACAAAAGAGUUCUGCAUUAUGGAUGGGAAACUAUGUACAGCCAAGGCAAAUAUCUUUUUGAAAAAGCAAAGACCCUCGGGACUUGGGUUUUCCAACAAAAGAACGUCAAAAAUGAACAGAACGGAUACAUAGUUAAUGGAUUCAAUAUUAAACCUACCUCCUGUAGCAUUUCUUAAAGUCCUGGCCUUCAGAAGGAGCUGGGGCCAUAUGCUCCAGGAGUUUCCAGCUCAGCUCAAGCAUAUAGUAUCCCCUUUAGUGAGCCAUCAGAAAGGGCAGAAACCAGUGGUCUGGCCCUGGUCUGUAUCUGGAAACCCACAAACAUUUAAAGGACAUAAAACUGUAUACUUACAGGAAUACCAUUUUCCACAAACCCUCUCAGGACAGGGCUGGAGCGUGGCUGGCUUAGCUGCCCGUUGUCCUCUGUGCUUGGCUCUGAAGAGCCCUUCGUGGGCAGAUGCUUUCUGCUUGGGGCUUCCAUUUGUGGAUUUCGGUUGAUAGGGAGGAGUGUGAGAAAUGGAAAGUUACUUCAAGACAACAGGAGAGAACCUUCAGGUCAUUAUUUUCAGAACCACAUAUUCCGAAAGUACACAUUUAAUGGAAUAGAACCUGGUUUAGAACCCAGCUUCCCCCAAUGAAGCUGUGCUUUAUCACAUUCAGGGACUGAUAGAAAACAAAAACAAACAACAGCAACAACAAAAGAAGCCAAGAAGGAAAUAAACACCGUGGCCACAAAUUUCACUUUGAGAGUUCUGGUUACCUUUAUGGAGUCUAUCACCUAAAACCAAUGCAACUUCUGAAGAAGAGAAAUUAGCUGACAACUGCAUGGCCAUGAUCUUAGUGACUGCUGAUAGAAAGCCCCCACACAACCCCUGGCUCCCUAGCCCAUCAUGGUGGCUGGCCUUAGCACGUAAGCGGAUGUGUUGGCAUUGGGAGAUACAAGCAGUCUGCAUUUGGACCUUGUAAUAGUUUCUUUGCCUAAAGGAUUUCUGACAUUCAUUUCCUAGACUUCUCAUAAUAUCCAGGUUUUAUAAUAAUGUUUUAUUUUUUUUAACAUGUCAAUUUUAUUUCAAAUAUAUAGAUUUUUUAAUCAUAAAGGUAGAACAUGCUUUUUAUAGGAAAAAAAAGUUCUAAUAGCACAGAUGAGAAUCAUGGGCAAGGUCAAGGUUUCCUCUGUGCUCCUAUAGUGGCCUGAGUCCCACUCCCCAGAGAUAAACAGUGUUAACACUGAUCAACAUUGUUGCUUACAAGUUAUGUCAGAAAGACUCUGUACAUACAGCUUGCCCCCCCAACACACACACAUAGAAAUGUAUUUAUUUGUAUACAUAUGUAUGUAUGGUAUGUAUUUAUAAUAUGCUAUACACACUUUAUUGUAUAGGUUUCCAGUAAACAAAACAUUUUUGAAGCAUGCUAAUCAUCUCUCUAUGUAUAGUAAAGCAAGCAAAGAAAAGCUAACAGGAAAUUUUCCUUUAUUCUUUGUUGUUUUUACAGCUGCUAAGCUGAGUUCUCUUACUGCAGCCACUCCAAUUACACAUGGCGUUUGCUAUUGCCUGCCUGUGUCAUAAAAUCCAUGACCAAGAGGUCUUAUGAUUGUUUAGGUUACCUACCAUGAAGCACGAGACCUACCUUAGCCCAGAGUCUGGUCUGUGCUAUUUUUGGAUCACAAAUGGAGAGUUUAUUUCUCUGUCAAGCUCGUUCCCCAUUACAAGGCUGAUUUUGCAGGGCUAACACUCCCUACGUUGCCUAAUGAUAUUUAAUGCGGGCAUGCUGCUGCCAGGAAGGUUUAGGAACUUGAGUACGGGCUGGGGUCUGAGGAGCCUGGCUUCCUUCCUGUGGGAGUAGUUCACGAAAAUCACUGAAAACAGUACCAUCUUUAAUUCAUUUAUGCUGUUUAAAAAUGAGAUAGAUCAUUGUUGAAAUAAUGCACCAUAGCCAUCAAAUAAAACCAAUUGCUCUAUUUAAAUGGGCUAUUUUCAGUUUGGGUAAGAAAAAUGUAGAACAUGUAUUAAAUGAGAGACUUUUCUAAUUGAUUUUAAACACUUGUAUAAAAUCGUUUCUACCCAGGUCUCACUAGAGCCUUCUCUGAAUCUCUCUACUUUAUCGUUCUCUGAAUUCCGUAUUCAGCUGAUUGCUGUAGUUUUUUCUCUGUCUGGUCUCUCAGAUGGACUUUGGCCCCAUCCCUUUCUGUGUCCUGGUCUUCACUGAUCUCUAGUCCCUCUAGUUUCUGACCUUGUCAAGAGUCCUCCUGGACUUCCGACCACCACCUUCAGUCAUUUUGUCAUACAGACACCCAAAUCUUGCCCAGGUAUUCCACUCAAGAUGGAUCAGAAUGAAAUUACCCUCUGGGAUAAGUAUCCAUUUUGCCUGAAGGACAAAUAUAUGUCCACUGACUUUGAUUACCCUAUAAAGUUACAACAUGCCUUAUUCUGAGAAGCCACCUGCCAUAGAAGUUUAGCACACAUAUGUCUUAGUCCUUCCGUGGUUGUCCACGAUCAUGGUGGCUUCUCCCACAUCCAGUGAUGUAAAUCAUGUGUUCCCCUAAAUCACCUAGAUGACUGGAUUAGAUACGUGUUAUACCCCUAGUGGCCAUCCAUGGAUUUUAGGCUGUCUCCCCAGAGUUUACUGAGAACCCUAAAAAUAGGAACCGAGCAAGGAGGAGUGCCCUCAGAAAACCCACUCUCCCAGAACACAUAGCACUGACCCAAUCCCAGAAAGAAAGCAGAAAAAAAAUAAUUCUUAGGCUGUUGAAGCAUUGUCAUUUAGAGAUUUGAAUAUUGAAUGGUAUCCUCACGGUAGACAGAUUCUAAAGUCUAUAUAUGUAUUCAGGCAUUCUGCAUGCAAUCAUAUGUUCGUGAAUCAAGCAUACAUUUGUAUAUUUAAUCAUUUAUAUGAAAAGUAAUUUAUCCCUUGCUCUGCUGCAGGCAACAUGCUAAGGAUCUAAGAAUGAAAGCAAGAGCCAAAACUCUUGAGUUCAUGGAGCUGGCAACCUAGGAGAAGACAGAUUCCAAUAGCACAUGGUACCAGGGAAGCAUGCCCUGGGGAGCCCAUCAGGCUUUUACAUGCCAGUCACUCUUCAGCCAGCAAUCUCUGAGUCCUAUGAAAUAUGAGAUGAGAAUAUAAAUAUUAAAGAAAUUAUAUUUUGCAUUUCUUUUUCCCAAGAGUCUUGGUCCUGUUCUUAAAAAUGUAUUUGCGACCAAGACUUCAAGAUGAGACAGAAAUACGACGCCAAAGGGAGCUAAAACUCAGGCUGUUUCUCAAGGAUGGAACUAGAAGCAGUAGGCAGAAUUUGCAGUGGGUUUUGACUGAAUACAACAAUGAAGUAUAACUAUUGUCCUAGAGUGGAGUGGGCAACCUUACAGAAUUACACACGUUCAGCCCCUGGGAUUGUUUGUGAACAGAGGCUCCCUGACCAUCUGGAGGGAUGCUGUGAUUAGGAACCUUCAUCUAAGGAGCUGAAAUCAGAUGCUGUGAGUUUUUGAAAUUUUGGUUUUUUUUUUAAAUGAUGAAUGGCCGGACUUCAUUUUUAAAAUUUAUGAAAAUCUUUGAUUUUUUAAUGUUUAGAACACCACAUUGAGGGGAAAAAUCUAAGAGAGAAUGACUUUUGGUUCUCAUUUAAAAUAUUAUAAACCAACUAAGCCUGAAUUUAAGAGCUAGUGCAAAGCAAACAUACUCAGUGGUCUAACUUACUCCAAAAUGCUUCUGGAAGCAUCACGGAUUUGGAUGAAUGUUCUUAGGCAUUCUUAAGUCAUAUUAGAAAUUGGUUUUACUAUCUGUCCAAUGUAAAAAAAAAAAAAAGUGCUGUGAUUUUAUAUUCUCACAAUUAAAUGUAAUCUACAACCACAGAAGAAAAUUUUGCCUAAAAGAUAUUUGGGAUCCAAGUGAAUGGACACAAAAGACAACCGUGGAAAAAUGCCUUUGCUUCUGCUACAGUCCUGAUAACUGCUAGAGAGCACUCACCCAUGCAGAGGAGUUAUGGUUCUGAAUGUUUUCCAGAGUUUUCCUCUUUUGAGCCAAAUGACAUCUGAAAGGGAUCCCUAUGUGGUGGGAACAACCAAAGCGAUCUUGUUUCUCAUUCUUUUAGUGAAACACAUAUAGCUUUCAAAAGAAAAUAGUUGAAAUAAGUCAAAUGUAUACUGCUUACUGUUAUUAUACUGUUUAUUACAACUUCAGUCAUGUUUUAAAAUUUUUAGGGUUUUAGCAUUUCGAUGCCCUUUUAGCAUUUCGAUGCCCUUGUGACACCUUUGAGCUUCGGUACGAAUCCAUGAAAUGGGUCAUGCAGAUCAUGUUAGGUGAAAAAACCAAAUCUUAACACAGUGAAUUCAGCUUGCACAGAUUCCUAUGGUAAAUGCUAGAACUGCGGCCAAAACGAACAUCUCUGAAUGUUACAGACUAACACGUCCACAGUAGAUGUUUGCUGAGUAAACCAUUUCUCCCCACCACCACCCUGCCCACUGCGUUCACUGCUGUUUAACAUCAUGCAGAUUUCCAUAGUUUAGAAGGUGUCUCCUUGAAAAGAUAAUGACUUAGCAUCCCACAGCAAAAGUUGGGUAGAACUAA